UCCCUCAAGCUAGAUUUCUAAAAACAUUUUUACCACGGAAAUUGACUAGAAAUUGCCAGCCAGCAAUCAUCACCAGACAACGGCCAUCAAGGAAAUUUAAACACGGCAGUAUAAGAGUGUUUUGCGCCUGUGCCCCCCAAAAAAUAGCGAAAGCAAACUGUGUAGGCCCAGAUCUUAAAUGCUCUAACCAAAAGCCCGCGCGAUCCCGGCGAAACCCCGAAAAACACGAGGACGAAUCAAUCAAAGCAACCACGGUGUGGUCAUUUCUGUACCGGUGUGCCGCUGCAGCUCCUGGUGCCGGCAUGGGCGCCAACGUUUCGCAGCUGGAGCGGGAGAUUGGCUCCGACCUGUUCCCGCCCAACGAGCACUACUUUGGGCUGGUGAACUUUGGGAACACCUGCUACAGCAACUCGGUGCUGCAGGCCCUCUACUUCUGCAAGCCGUUCCGCGAGAAGGUCCUCGAGUACAAGGCCAAGAACAAGCGGCCCAAGGAGACGCUGCUCUCCUGCCUGGCGGACCUCUUCUACAGCAUUGCCACGCAAAAGAAGAAGGUGGGCUCGAUUGCGCCCAAGAAGUUCAUCACGCGGCUGCGCAAGGAGAAGGAGGAGUUCGACAACUACAUGCAGCAGGAUGCCCACGAGUUUCUCAACUUCCUGAUCAACCACAUCAACGAGAUCAUAUUGGCGGAGCGGAAUGCCGGGCCCAGCAAUGGCAAUGGCAAUGCCAAUCCCAAGUUCCACACCGGCGGAGCAGCCACCAGUGCCAUGGCCAGCAGCACAGCCAGCAAGAGUAGCUCAACGUCCAACUCGAAUUCCAAUUCCAAUUCGUCGACGAACUCGAAUGGCAACAGUAGCAACUCCACGGGAUCGCUAAAUGCCACCACAAGUGUGCUGGAUGCCAGUGGCAGUCUAACGGCUACCACAACGCCCAUAAUUGGAUCAGGAGGGUCUGGGACUGGAACUGGGAUAGGGAUAGGGACCGGAACCAACGGGGCCAACUCGGAGCCAACCUGGGUGCACGAGAUCUUCCAGGGCAUCCUCACCUCGGAGACUAGGUGCCUCAACUGCGAGACGGUGAGCAGCAAGGAUGAGAACUUCUUCGAUCUGCAGGUGGACGUGGACCAGAACACCUCGAUCACGCACUGUCUGCGGUGCUUUAGCAACACGGAGACCCUCUGUUCCGACAACAAAUUCAAGUGCGACAAUUGCUGCAGCUACCAGGAGGCGCAGAAGAGGAUGCGGGUGAAGAAGCUGCCCAUGAUCCUGGCCCUGCAUCUCAAGCGCUUCAAGUACAUGGAGCAGUUCAACCGACACAUCAAGGUCUCGCACAGGGUCGUCUUUCCCCUGGAACUCAGGCUGUUCAACACCUCCGACGAUGCCGUGAAUCCGGACAGACUCUACGACCUGACCGCCGUGGUCAUACACUGCGGUUCCGGACCGAAUCGGGGCCACUAUAUAUCCAUUGUGAAGAGCCACGGGCUGUGGCUGCUCUUCGACGACGAUAUGGUGGACAAAAUAGAGGCCUCCACCAUCGAGGAUUUCUACGGACUGACCUCGGACAUACACAAGUCCUCGGAGACGGGCUACAUACUGUUCUAUCAGUCGCGGGACUGCGCCUAAUCACCUUAUGUUAUCUCCUCGUAGAUGCUAAGUUUAAAGUUUCCACUCUCCUACGAACGAGUUGUUAGCGCUAAGUCCAAAAUUUGAUGACGUUUAACCAAGUCUAUACUACCGAAUAAUCAAUAAAGAUGAUCAAUAAACAAAA